GGAGUCCACGCCCCUCUGGUGACAGUAAAAGCCUGCACGGUCCGGCUGAGGAUCCAGGAAGGUUGGCGGACACAGAGGAAAGGCGGCACAUCAUGAUCCAAGACUCCACCGAGUAAAGGCUUCGAGUCCAGCUCUCAUCUAAAGGCAUCAUGAUUCCUGUGAUGGAAUUCCGGCAGUUCUCUGAACAGCAGCCAGCAUUCAGAGUCCUGAAGCCGUGGUGGGAUGUGUUCACUGACUAUCUGUCUGUAAUCAUGCUCAUGAUUGGUGUCUUUGGAUGCACUCUUCAGGUAAUGCAAGAUAAAAUCAUCUGCCUUCCUCAGAGAAUAUCAUCAAUUUCAGAGAACAGUAGUGAAGUGGAAGUGAAGUCACUGCUACACCUGCAAUCCAAUACCUCAGCUGUACCGAGAGAAAUGACAGGCCUGAAAACUGAUCUGGAUCUUCAGCAGUACAGUUUCAUCAAUCAGAUGUGUUACGAGAAGGCUCUGCAUUGGUAUGCCAAGUACUUUCCCUAUUUAGUCCUCAUACACACUCUAGUUUUCAUGGUGUGUAGCAACUUCUGGUUCAAAUUCCCUGGCUCUAGCUCUAAAAUAGAGCAUUUUAUCUCUAUGCUUGGAAAGUGCUUCGACUCUCCCUGGACCACGCGAGCGCUGUCGGAGGUGUCUGGAGAAAACCCAGAAGAAAAGGACCAUAAAAAGAGCAGCACUUCGAGAUCCAACAUCGCUGUGUCUCCUGGAGAGGGCAGUCUGGAGAAGACGCAGUCCCUCCGAUCGAUCCCGGAGAAGAUUGUAGUUGAAAAGCCAUCAGCAAGUGUUCUUGAUAAAAAAGAGGGUGAACAAGCUAAAGCUCUUUUUGAAAAGGUGAAGAAGUUCCGUUUGCAUGUUGAAGAAGGAGAUAUUCUGUACCUUAUGUAUGUUCGCCAGACUGUGUUCAAGGUGUUCAAAUUCCUCCUGAUCAUUGCCUAUAACAGCUCUCUGGUGAACAAGGUGCGGAACAGAGUACGUUGCGAAGUUGAGAUCCAGGAUAUGACAGGCUAUAAAGACUUUGAAUGCAAUCACACCAUGGCUCAUCUGUUUUCAAAGCUUUCUUACUGUUACCUUUGUUUGGUGGCUGUUUAUGGAUUAACAAGCCUUUACACCUCCUACUGGCUGUUUUACCGCUCACUUAAGGAAUACUCCUUUGAGUAUGUGCGGCAGGAAACGGGCAUUAACGACAUCCCAGACGUCAAGAAUGACUUUGCUUUCAUGCUGCACAUGAUCGAUCAGUAUGACCCGCUGUACUCGAAAAGAUUUGCAGUUUUUUUGUCCGAGGUCAGUGAGAACAAACUGAAACAGCUCAAUCUCAACCACGAAUGGACGACGGAGAAACUGCGUCAGAGACUCCAGACAAAUGCCAACAACAGGCUUGAACUUCAGCUCUUCAUGCUUCCUGGUUUACCCGACACUGUCUUUGAACUGACGGAGCUGCAGUCACUCAAGCUGGAGAUCAUCAACAAUGUCACCAUCCCCGCCUCAAUCUCUCAGCUGGAAGACCUUCAGGAGCUGUCUCUUUACCAGUGCUCUUUAAAGUUGCACACAACUGCUACCUCCUUCCUCAAAGAGAACCUGAAAGUGCUGCGUGUGAAGUUCGACGACAACAGGGAACUUCCACACUGGAUGUACGGCCUGCGCAACUUAGAGGAGCUCUGUCUCACCGGCUCACUCAGCCCCGAUGCCUCCAAGAAUAUAGUUCUGGAGUCUCUGCGAGAGAUGAAGUGUCUGAAAACUCUCUCCCUUAAGAGCAAUUUGACCAAAAUACCCCAGUCGAUUGUGGAUGUUUCCAGCCAUCUGCAACGGCUGUAUUUACACAAUGAUGGCACUAAGUUAGUGAUGCUAAACAACCUGAAAAAGAUGACCAAUCUGAUAGAGCUGGAGCUCGUGCGUUGUGAUCUGGAACGUAUUCCUCAUGCAAUCUUCAGCCUGACAAGUCUGCAAGAGCUGGACCUGAAAGAGAACAACCUUCGUUCUAUAGAGGAGAUUGUCAGCUUCCAGCAUCUUCGAAAGCUUACAUGCCUGAAGCUGUGGUACAACGGCAUCAUGUACAUCCCGGAGCAUAUCAAAAAGCUCGGCAGCCUUGAGCGCCUCUACUUCAGCCACAACAAGAUCGAGAUAUUGCCCUCGCACCUGUUCUUGUGCAACAAGUUGCGCUACCUGGACCUCUCCAACAAUGACAUCCGAUUCAUCCCUCCGGAAAUCGGAGUCCUUCAGAGUCUGCAGUACUUCUCUGUCACUUGUAACAAAAUUGAGAACUUACCAGAUGAACUGUUCUUUUGCAAGAAGCUCAAAACGCUAAAGCUCGGCAAGAACUCGCUGUCCAUACUCUCGCCAAAAAUUUCCUACCUGGCUCUGCUGACCUACCUGGACCUCAAAGGGAAUCACUUUGAGCUCCUGCCGCAGGAGCUUGGUUGCUGUCGUGCUUUGAAGCGCAGUGGCCUUAUAGUCGAGGAAACACUCUUUGAAACUCUGCCUUCAGAUGUCAGGGACCAAAUGAAGGCUGAGUGAGACGCCUUAAUGUAGCCGCAGUGCCUGCUGUUUGCUCGAUACAGAACAUUUUGUUUUAUAUGAAGUCAUUAUCAUACAUAUGUAUCACACUACUGGUAAGAGAGUUUUAGUUCAGAGGUUUAUUUUCAAAAUCCUUAAUGGAAGAAAAAUGACAUAUUCAUAUAUUGUUACACUGAGAGUGGCUGCAACAGGGACAUAUCAUCCGGCCACAAAUCCUUUUUUAGAGGGGUAAUUUAGCAUUUUGGGAAAACAUGCUUACUUUCUUGCCAAGAGUUUUAGGAAAAGAUACAUAUCAACCUCAUAACUGUACAUUACAGCUGCAAAGAUCAAUGGAUUAAUUGAUUAGUUGCCAACUAUUGAAUUCAUUUCCAAUUAUUUUCAUAAUCAAGUAAUUGGUUAGAGUGAUUUUUUUAAGGAAAAAAGUUUCAGUCCUCAGAUUGUGGCUUCUUAAAUGUGAAUCUUUUCUGGUUUCUUUCCUUCUCUAUGGUAGUAAACUGACUAUCUUUGUCAAAAGACAUUUGAGAGUAUAAUCUUGGGUUUUGGGAAACACUGAUUGAUAUUUUUCACUAUUUGCUGACAUUUUAUAGCAAGAACAACUAAUCGAUUUGAGAAUUGAGAAAAUAAUUACAGAUUAAUCGACAAUGAAAAUAAUCGCUAGCUGCACGGCGACUGUACAUUAACCAGGCCAACUCUUUCCCCCUGCAGUCUGGUUUCAUAUACAGACAUGAGAUUGAUGCUGAACUUCUCACUCAUCUCUAGGUAAGAAAUGAGCAGGUUUCCCAUAAUGUUGAGGUAUUUCUUUAAAGAAAAUCUGUAACUGCUACAUAAAAAAAUAUGAAUGUAAAUCCAAACUGAAGACCUCAUUUAAGUGUUGGCCAGUAGCCUUAUGCUGUAUUGUACAUAUAUUAUGUUGCUCUGAAGAGACUGUUAGCUCACAUGCACCGCAGCUGGGGAGAACAAUAAAACAAAGGUCAGAUCUAACACAAGUGUAUAAGAUAACUGAGAUAAACAAAUCCGUAUUAUAGAGUGCUGACAUUUUAAAGUGCAUUAAACCUAAAGGACUUUGUCAUACUGGUGUUUUUCUUUGGCUGUUAAAUUAUGCAUAUGAAGUAUGCAGCCGAUAACAAACAUGUAUUUUCAUAAGCCGUAUUUUUAUGUUGUUGAACAAUAAAAUUGGAUUUACCUGUAAA